AUGGUCUUCCGCCCGUCGAUCUUUGAAGAUCAGGACUUUCAUGACGCCGGAUACAAGGAGUGGUCUAUCAAGCAUGCCUGGUUCGCUGACAUGGGUGGAUUUUUGAUAACCUACCCGGGUGAGGAUAUGCCCUCAUUUCCGGUAGACGCGAAGCAGCUCUGUUCUUUGGUCAAGGAUGGCUAUCUCCCGUAUCCAGAGCUGGAUGAGGAUGAGAUUGAGGACAAGAGCAAAUCAAGUGGUUUAGCCAAAUUGUUUACAAUAGCGCAGGCGUGUUGGUUUACUUUUAACACGAUAUUUCGCUUUGCUCAAGGUCUUGUCGUCACCACCCUCGAAAUAACCACCCUUUCUUUCAUUCUGGUUUUUCUGGUAACGUCUUUUUGUUGGUAUCACAAACCCAUGGAUGUGAACAGGCCCAUCACUCUGGAGCUUACUGCUUCCGUUGCCGCAAUUCGAGGGAAAUACCAUCAAAACCCGGGACCUCAGUGGUAUGAAACACCCUUCGAGUUCCUCUCUCGGGACGAGUGGUUCAUCUCGCGAUUUUGGAAAUACUACAUUCAAAUUCUCCACUACUUGCACAUACCUCUCUUCAUACGACCUGAGCGAAGACCAUACGACCGCAUUCCCAGUCACUAUGGGCCGAACGUGGACUUCCGAGCCGAGAUUGUCUGCGCCCCGACAGUUCUGCUUUUUAGCUCUGUCUUUCUCAUCGCUUGGAACACAGAUUUUCCUACUACAGCUGAGCAAAUCCUCUGGCGAUUUUCGAGUGCAAGCAUGGUAGCUUUUACCUUGUUCGGGGGUCUCGCUGCGUUAUAUUUCCACAAAACUAUAUUCAAAGCGGAUAUAGCGCAGCAGAAGACACAUGCUAUACAAAACAAAGAGGGUUCCUCUUGGAUUUAUCGUUUCCUGUCAAAAUUGAAGAAUAUCGACCCUGAGCAGGAUCCUGCAUUGGAAAUUCCACUUCGUGCUUUGAUUCCGAUUUCCCUGGUCUGUGUUCUCUAUGCCGUGGGUCGAGUAUUCAUAUUGACGGAGGAUCUCAUCGGAUUGAGAAGUUUGCCAAAAAGUGCGUUUGAGACGGUUUCAUGGUCCAAGUACAUACCGCACUGGUAG